GUUUAAUAAGUUGAUUAUACAUAUACCAUUUAAGCUAUUACUUGAUACGCCUCUUUAGUUACAAUAAUAUCCUAUUUCCUUUCUCUAUUUAUAUUUAUAUAUUUAUAGUAUAUAUUUAUAUAUUUGUAGUUAAACAUUCAACACAUGUCAGAAAACAAUGAAGCUUCAUCUCAAAAGCAUGAGCAACAGCAUAAUAAUCUCCGUAACGUUUUAAUUGAAAAACAAUUAAAAAAGAACUAUGCAUUAUCAGGUUGGGAAAAAGUCCGUAAUAAUAUAAAUGAAAUAAAUGAAAAUAGUGUUUUUAUUACUUCACCUGUUUCCUCACUUAACUCUUCACCUGCAUCAUCUCGUUCUAAUACACCUAAACUUCAUCAUCAAACACAUAACAAAAAGAAUCUUAACCCUUUUUCUCGAUCAUCUACAUUGGACAACUUUAUUCUUAAUAGUAGUGAAAAUAGACCAACAAUGGCAAAUACUACUCUUGCAGCAGCUCAGGCAGCUGGUAUGACUAAUUUCACACAUAACUUUCGGCCUGCCCGUCAUUACAACGGUGCUAUCUAUGCUACUUCUACCGCAGUGCAACAAGAUAUUUAUCGUUUAGAACGUGAUUUAGAUAAAAUCCUAAUACAGUCUCUUACACGUUCACAGUAUGCAAGCUUUGCCGAAUCUGCCUCUCUACUAACUACUUCCACUACUUCCACCACAAUAACAGAGAAUAAUAAUACAAUUAUUUCACCUACUACCUUUGCUAAAAAGGCAAUGUUUCAAAAACAAUCUAUUGCUGAUCUAUUUCAUUCAACUGCACCUUUUGGAUCCAGUAAUAAUGAUAUAGAUACUAAUACGCCUAUUAAUGAAGAUAGUAAGCGUAUAAAUGUAACAAGAAUAUCAACAAUUAUGUCAACCAUUAUGGAUACUCUUAAAAAACAUAAAGCAGCUACUCGACUACCUUUAGCACGUGAAAUCUUAGCAUUAUUAGCAGCUCCAUUUGAUAGAUGUCCUUUAUUAACAAUUGAUUGUGAACAAGCCCUAGAUAUCUUUGAAUAUAUCCAAAGAAAAUUUGUACAAAUAGAUGCUACAGAACAAUUUGAACGAUUGAUGUUUUGUUGCCGUUUAUUAGCUUCGGGAGACUUAACAUUAAAGAAACGUGUAUUAAAUAUAAUAAACAAUAUGCUUAUCCCUUGCAAGCACAAUACCACAUUUUUACCAUCCACUCCCCAAUCUUACCAUUCACUCGUUUAUACCCUCACGAAUGCUUUAACUCAAUUGAAUAUCCAAAAAAAAACUAUGAAUCAUGAAAUUGAAGAAACUGUGACUAACGAUCUAGAUAUGGAUGAAAAUCAUAUUCGGUCUGGCAUCAUUGAUAUUCUUGACAGAUUAGCGAAUGGAAGACUUAUACCACUCAUAGGAGAUGCAUGGUCAACAUAUUAUAAGAUUGACACAAUCUCAACUACACCUGUCUCGGUUGCAAAAUUCUGUGUUGUAGAGGGCCUUUGUAAAUGUUUGAUGGUAGGUAUUUGUAGUCAAAAUGAUCCCUACCAGGGGUUGCAUGAGCCUACAGUCGCACGACUUUUUGAAAGAGCCCGUGAUAUUCUUAUCUUACAAGAUCUUCUCGAACGUUACUGGAUUGAGCCAGAGCUUGAAGUCUAUCCUGCUUACUUUAAAAUUAUCUUUUUAUUUACAGAACUAGCAUGUGAAACGUUUUUAGCAGCCAAUAUUGAAGACCUCAAGAUUCAGACAUCAACUGUCUCAUUACUCUUACCAGUAAUUGUAGAUAAACUAUCACCCGCUAAAUUACAAAAUUAUUUAACAGAGAAAGAAAAAGAUAAGACUCAAAAUAGGAUAACAUCGAAUGUCAUUGUCAUGCUUCUUGCACUUUUAUCAAUAUGUAGCCUUGAGAACCGUCCACUAAGGCCCUCCUCGCCACAGCCUGUAUAUUCUCUAGACAAUCUUUCUUCGCUAAGUUUGAGCCCCCGUCUCUCUGUGUCUGAUUUUACUUACGAUAAUACCAAUCAAUCACCACUUAACGAUGGUCCAAGUAGUAUAAAUAUGAACUUUGACCACGAUGCUACAAUACAAUCUAUACUUUUGAAACUUAAAGGCUAUAUUGAAGAGUUUUGGAAAUCGGGCUAUAAAGAAUUUAUCAUAAGUGGUAUAGAGUCAAUGCAUCAGGAUGCUACAGGCGAACGUGUUGCAUGCACCUAUCAAAAUCUUGUCUUUCAUAUCGAUCCUACCAUCGGAGAAGAGAUUGUCAAAAGGACAUUAUCAAGUCUUUUUGCGCGACUUGUUGACACUUUUCCGCCCGCAUUACCUGCCAUCUGUCAUAUGCUGCAUGAGCUCUCUAAACGGUACAAGACAUUAUUUUAUAAGCAUGUUGUAUCAUGCGUGGCGACAGAUGAUGAGAUGAAGGUCAGUGAGUAUAUGAAGCUCAUUACAUGUCUUCGACGUUAUCUUUCUGGAGUACAAUUUUGGAUGCAAGAUGCAGAAAUGAUCAAUGUUUUACUACUAAGUAAUAUAGGUAAAUCCAAAAGGAAGCAACAUCAAAAUGAGUCUGUAUUGUCAUCGCAACAGUGUCAAGCAAAUAACGGCGUCUCCGAAAUACAAUGGGGGACCACUACUUUAGGCCAAUGUACAAUUGCUACAGAGUUUAUGUGGGCAAUAAAAGAGCUACGAGCCAAGCAAAAGGAUCCCUACCGUAAUAUGGAAGAAGAUGAGAUUGCAAAAAAGUUUCUAAUUGAUCUAGAAAGACGGUUAGCAGUCUUUUUAGCUGCCAAGGAAAAAACUGCGCUAAUGCCAAUGCCGAUGAGAGUUAUUUUUGUAAUCGAAUGGGCUGUUCAACCUAUAGCUUCACCAUGUGUGCAUACCUUUCAGUGUGAUUCACCGUCCAUUUGUCCAAAUGAAUCUCCGCCUAUCUAUCAUCCUUCCUCAAAUAAUAGACUUCCUGUCUUACAUACAAACGAUUUUACAGACAUAGUAGUCAUGUUUGAAAGAAUACAGAAUGUAUACUUAAAUGUCAUUCAGUUAGUGGAAUUUGAAACAAAUCACACAAAUGAUUCAUGCAGGGAGUCCCUUUGGAAGCCGAAUAUUACUUUACAAGAUAAUAUUAUUGAUACGCAAUCAGUCAAAGUACCUCAUCAUAAGCGACAUCAAGUCAUUCAAGCUAUGUAUCCUACUAGUAAUGCUGCUAUUAUGGCACUGGACUUAAAUCCACCAAAAUCCAAUCAUGAUGAUGCGACAACGGAUGAAGGCCCUGCACUCAAACUGGCCAAAUAUCGAUUUGAGAAUAUGGAAAAAAUUAAUCAGGAUGCCUUUGGAUCUGUCUUCUCUCUGCUGGCUGCUGUCUUUACAACUCUCUCCUCACAAGAGUUUGGACGACUUGUUCAGCCUCUUUGGGAGCAGUUUAUGGAUGAUCGGAAACCAAAAUCGUUUAUUCCUGCUGUAUUUUUAUUAAUGGAAUGUGGUGAAAAAAUACCCAAGACAAUGAUUGAAGUUUGCACAUAUGAUUUUUAUAGCGGUGAUCCUUUACGUCGUUUAUCUGUGAUUCAAAAACAUGCAUCCAUGUUUGCUUUUCGGUUUAAUGUCCUUAGUCAAGAAUAUAUUCCUAUUUCAUCUCGACGAAGACCCUUUCGUGGUGAUGGUGGUGCUUUCUCUACGCCCUUUGUACCUACUGAUCUCGGUAGUAAUCAAUUUACCCUAGAUGAGCCUCGUUGGAUGGCCAAGUUAAAGAAUGCAAGUAAUUUUCCAAUUGAAUUGAAACGACAGAUUCAAGAACUUGGCUGGGAUGAUGAAGACAAUGGCGAAGAACAUGAAGCGCUUAAAAAAGUUUUAACACCUCUUGCACUCUUACCUUCCCUUUUUUUGGAAGAAGAAGAAGAACGUAUGAACGAAGAUGACACUAUAAAUCCUGCUGUCUCAAUCAAUGGCAAAAAAAUUAAUAUUAGCAAGAUUAUUACUCGUCGUAAACGAGCAACAACAAUUCAUGCAUUAACAAUUGCCUUUUUGAGUAUGGUUGAUUUAUUAACCGAUGAUUACGGUGGUGCUUCAAAUGCUCUUCGUGAAUUACUCGAGUAUUUUUUACGUGAUGCUCCUGCUCUCUUUCUCCGCGCCUUUUUGAAUGAUUUGGGUAAAUUCAAUUUGGAACGACACAAAGAUAUGUUAACCCGUGUGAGACUUAUGACUAGUAUGCAGCAUAAGCUUCCACCGGGAUUUACACAUAUCUUGUUUAAUUACUUGGCUGGUAUGUGCAAAUGGCUUGUGCGUGAAAAUAAGAAAAGGGAAGGACUAGCUUUGAUGACUCUGAUGCACCCUAUUCUUGCUGAAUUAACGUUAUCUACUAAUGAUUUAUCUAUUCGUGAUUUAAGAAAGAACAAAAUUGAACAUCUUUUGAUCAGCACAGGCCGAUUUUGGUUUACUCAUGAACAGCCUGCUGAACUAUUUCCACGCAAUGUUUCUAGUGAAAAGACUCCCUUUAUUGUCCUUGAUAUUCCAGAAGAUAUCUUUUCCGUAGCUAUGUUACGUAUCAGUCAUAUCCAGUUCUUAACGAAUUAUUUAAUAAGGUAUCCAAGAGAAGUAUAUGCAGUUAAGAAAACGCUGCAAGACUAUGAGUCCACACCUAAUCCGGGUAAGAAAGCCAAGGUGACUACUAAAUGGAUAGCAGAGGAAUCAUGCUACCCUAAUCUUGCUCGCCGUAGACGAUAUGGCAGAAACACAUACAUCUAUGAUGGCGAAGGGGAUAUGAUAAAAGACAGUUUUAUGCCGGAAUGUAUGGCAGAAGAAGACGAGAUCCUUAAAACAGCUAGUAGACAGCCUACUCAGCAGCAUUUGGACAUUGAUCUUCUCUCUUCUUUACGUGCUCGAAUUUGGCUACGAUUUGUUGAUUGCUUACUUAAUGGCCUUAAUAAGAAUUAUAAUGACCGUGAUGAGUUAGAACGAAUCCUUCAGGGUAUAAAUUUAAUCAUCAUUGAACAUACUCGCGAUUUUGGCAUUAUUGGACAGGCUUUAAUUCUUUAUACACGUGUUGUUACACGUUUCAAGCGAUUAUUUAUCUCUAAUCGAGGCUAUACAGCUUUCUUGCCUGCUUUAUUCAAGGUAUUUUGUGAAGUGGAAUGCUUUCCUCAAGUAAGAUCUGCAAUUAUCUUUGCUUGGUGUAGAUUUUAUGCAGUCCAUGAAGAGUCAUUUGUUUUUCAGAUGCUUGGUACACUAGUACCUUUAAUAUUGAAUGCAUACACCAAAUCAAGUGAAUUAGGAUCUUGGAUGAUUGACAAUUUGUUUAUCUUAAUGCAGGCAAUGCAUAAUCCUCCACGCUUGGGGGCCACCUCAGAUGUAUUGGGAUUGCAAUUACAAGUUGAGUUAGAUGAUCAUGAACGAAGUAUCCAAGAACGUAUUGAUGCUGUAAGCGAUCCAAUGACGAUGUCAUUAUCUACAGCUAUUUUUAAACCUCUUGCUAGGAGCGUAACAACACCUAUAUCCUCUUUAGAUCUUAAUAACUAUAAUAAUAAAUCCUUUGAGCUUCAAGAUUUUAUCAAGCUGUUUUUGACGAUUAUUGCCUAUGACCCUGGAUCUCUUCGAGCUGAACAAUUUGUCAAGAUCUUCCGUCACUUGAUUCCUCGAUUUCAUAAGUUAUCAAUUGUAAAAGAUUUGAUGGAUGAAGGUGUCAGUGCGCUAGUCGAUGUAUUUACUAAAUUUAGCAAACAUGCUAAAGUUGCCGCCAAUACUGGACAACCUAUAAAUGGUGGCGGGUAUCAAGGUGUUUCAACUGGUAUAGAUCAUGAUACUCGUAUCCCUGGCAACAAUAAUUCACGUACUGAAUCAGCACAGCAUGCUUAUGGUAAACAAUGGCAGCAAAACGAUAAACUCACUGUGCGAAUAGAAUUUAUAUCACUUGUGCAUGAGUACUUGAAAAAUGGAGGUACACUAUCUGAAGUAUCCCAUGAAAAGAUGGCAAUGAUUAUUCGUAGUGUCAUGCGUGAUUAUGGUAACAUGAAGGGGUAUAUCUUUAAAACGGAUUGGAUUAAAGGCUAUCUAAUUGACUGUCUACAUUCAAUGGCUGAUAUUCGUAAUUAUACAAAAUCUUUUAAAAAACUACUAAAUCAGAUUUUUUCUCAAUAUCGUUCGCAAUGGAAGACGAUAGAGGCUUCUGAUCUGUAUGAUGGAUUAGCGGUUGUCCUUGAGCAGGGACAAGGGAAACCAAUGAAUAUGCAUGACAUUGCUAGUGUGAUGAAUGAGAAGUUUGUCAUAUUUGGUUUAAAUAUCGCCACUCGUACUAAUUGGGAUGGUGACAUGAAGGGUUACAACAAAUUUUGUAAUUCAUUAGCGCGUUUGAUUAUUGCUAUCAUGGAGAAUUCCACACAGGAUGUUCUAGGAAAUAUUGAACAAUUGACAGCUACACCGGAAUUAAUUGCACAUAUACUUAUACCUAUAUGUUUACAAUAUAAUUUACAAUGGAAUUAUAGUAGUAAUAUAUCAAUGUCAGGUCGGUUUAGACCAGAUCCUACAAGUAACUGGACUCGUCUUCUAAAUUAUAUUUCACGUGCCUGUAGUCAAGCAUCACUAUUGAAAAGCAAGAAUUCUGGGUUUUCUCUUUCUAAUCUGACAUCAACGAUGGGACAGACCAUGCCGCAGGAUGCAAUCGAUGCUAAUGAAUUUCUAGAUAUUAAAGAUAGCAAACAAACACCUCAAUCGGUUGCCCUUUUAUUUUCCCUUAGUUUUGUAGCUAUGAAAAUUAUUUUAGUAAGAGGUCAUAGUUCAUUUAACAAAGUAAAAGGGGCAUGGGCUCAAGUAGCAUUUUUUAUUAAAAGUGCCCUCGUAUUUGGACAAACAUUAAAGUUCCUCAAACCAAAAUCAGGUCGUUCUUCACCUAAUAUUCCAGCAACUCCAGUGACGACUGGAUUAUCACCAGGAGGGACUGGUAAUGGUAAUGGAGGAGUAUCAGCGAGUAUGUCUACUUGGGCCCAACAUCUGUCACCGGAAGGUCGAACUACUUUUUCAUUUACAGCUCCUUUAGGAGUUAGUAAUAUUUAUGAUUUUACUACAUGGCGAUUUCUAGAAUUUGUCGUUUGCUAUAGAUGCCCAUUAUUUGUAAUGUUGAAAGAUUUUAUUCAACAAAAAUUAUUGACUAUGGGAGGAAAUGUUAAUAAUAGGUCAUCCUUUUAUACCCCAAGCCCUAGUCCUCAUGUUAGCAUGAAUUUUGGUGGAACCAUCGAAACAGGUGGCAGUCUGAACAAUUCACCACGAGAAACUAAUAAUAUGAGUAAUGCGCCUAAUCGAUGGAAGAGUUGGGGAGGAAGCUCAUUAUCAUCUCCAAGACAGCCUUCUUCCUCUUUUGGUAUUAUACCUCAGUUAAAUAUACAAGACAUAGAUGCAGAAAAUAACAAUACUACAUCAUUACCCAAUGGAUCAUUAACGUCUGGAUUAGGUCUCCAUAUUCCCGGUAAAGCAAGUAUUAGUAGUUCUACAAAUGCGUCUUCAUUACAUACAGCACCUAUACCUAAUUUAUCUUCGCCAUAUAGCAAUAUAGUAUAUGAGUCUUCAGAUGCAGAAAGUAGUGUUCCACCAACAAGCCCCUACUCCCCCUCAUCAGCUAAACCGAAUAAAAAUCGGACCUCCUCUACAAAUUCUGUUCCAGGACAAGCUAUAUUUGAUGUGGGUGGGGAUGAAUAUCCAGCAUCCACUACAUUACACAUACUCCAUGCUGAAUCGAUUACAUCUAUUAUUCAUGUUCAGAUUGCUAUGGGAUUUAAGCCAGCUUUGCCUUGGAUAGCAGCCAAAAGUCACCAGAUAAAGCCAUGGAAACAAAAAGAAACAGUUGCCAAAUUAGCUAAUGAGUGGCAGCUCUUACUUCAACUUUAUGCAGAAAGUUAAUAAUAUUAUGUUGAACAAAAUAACUAAAUGAAUAGAAUACAUAGAUGCAUCUGUAUAUUUUUUACUCCAAUAAUUACAUUAUAGUAUCUAUUUAAACAUAUUUACUCAGCAAUUGAAAUAUCUUUGUAUGUAUGUUUAUUUAUUUUCUUUUUUUUUUAAUACUGGUUACAAUAUAUGCAUAUAAUAAAACGAAGCCAUUCUUUGGUAACGAA